UCGAUCCGAGAAGACAACAAAAGAGACUGACGAACAAAACGAAACAGAAUCGCUCUGACAGCUACGAUUUUCAACAACAGAAACAAAUCUAAGGAGCGUGUUUUCAGCCCAUGUAUUUUUAGACCAAGCCCGUCGUCACCAUGACAGCGGAGGAGAUCAUCAAUGUGAAGGAGGUGGAGAUCAUCAAGGUGAUCCUAGACUUCCUCAACUCCAGGAAGCUCCACAUUAGCAUGCUGGCCCUGGAGAAGGAGAGUGGAGUCAUCAACGGACUCUACUCUGACGACAUGCUCUUCCUCAGGCAACUGGUGCUAGAUGGGCAGUGGGACGAGGUGCUUCAGUUUAUUCAGCCGCUGGAGUGCAUGGACAAGUUUGACAGGAAGAGGUUCCGUUACAUCGUCCUGAAGCAGAAGUUUCUAGAGGCCCUGUGUGUGAACAACGCCAUGUCUGCUGAGGACGAGCCACAGCAUCUGGAGUUCACCAUGCAGGAGGCGGUGAAGUGUCUUCAUGCCCUGGAGGAGUUCUGUCCGUCUAAAGACGACUACAGCAAGCUAUGUCUGCUCCUCACUCUGCCUCGUCUCACCAACCACGCUGACUUCAAGGACUGGAACCCCAGCACGGCGCGGGUGCACUGUUUUGAGGAGGCGUGCACCAUGGUGGCAGAGUUCAUCCCUGCAGACAGGAAGCUGAGUGAGGCGGGGUUCAGGGCCUCAGGGAACCGCCUCUUCCAGCUCCUCAUUAAAGGAAUUCUGUAUGAGUGCUGCGUAGAGUUCUGUCAGAGCAAGGCGACAGGCGAGGAGAUCACGGAGGGCGAGGUGCUCCUAGGGGUGGACAUGCUGUGUGGGAACGGCUGUGACGACCUGGACCUGUCCUUACUGUCCUGGAUGCAGAACCUGUCCCACAGUGUCUUCUCCUGCGCCUUCGAGCAGAAGUUGCUUCAGAUCCACGUGGACCGCCUGGUCAAGCCUGCCAAGGCCAGCUACGCAGACCUCCUCACCCCUCUCAUCAGCAAACUAUCCCCCUACCCCUCCUCGCCCCUCCGCCGCCCCCAGUCCGCAGACACCUACAUGUCCCGGUCUCUGAACCCGGCCCUGGAUGGCCUGUCAUAUGGGCUGUCUGGCCAGGAGAAGAGGGGCCCAGGGGGGGACACGGCAGGGAGGAAGGCGAUGUCCCCCAUGUCUCAUUCCUUCGCUAACUUCCACACGGGGGGUCAGAGUCUGAGCAGGAGUCUGAUGCUGGACAGCUAUGACUGCCACAGCAUCUUUGAGGAGUCUCCUGAGAGCUCCAGGACGGACACGCCCGUGGAUAAGAUGAUGAGUUCAGGCACCCUGCGCCCCGACUCCGCCCCUGGAGAGGACGCCCCGUCACCAGGCUCUGCAGAGAGGAACGAGUUGCGUGACUCGACAGAGAAGUUUGAGGAGUUCUACCGCCAGCGUUUGAGGGUCCAGCAGCACCUGGAACAGAAGCAGCAGCAGAGACAACUCUAUCAGCAGAUGCUGCUGGAGGGAGGGGUACAACACAGUGACCAGCCAGCCCCCGGGACAGACGCCAUGCAGCACAGCCUCACUGAGAAGUUCCUCAACAGGUCUAUUCAGAAGCUGGAGGAGUUGAACGUAGGGAUGGAGAGUCUAGGGGAGGAGGUCCAGUCUCUGUCCCAGCAGUGUAACGGCACGGGCCCCACCCCCGAGAACAACGGUGACCCCGCAGGCCUGACCCCUGACCCCACUGUGACCCUGACCCCCGAGCAGGGCCGCCCUCAGGGAGGAGGGGUGGUCAGCAGCACCCCACAACGCACCGCAGGGGGACGGGAGGUGCCCCCACCUAAUGAAUCCCCCGUGGUCUCCCAGAGUCCCCAGAAAGUAGCUGGACAGACCUCUGGAUUAGAUGACUCGCCAGGAGCCCUCACCCGGAGUAAAGAGGGGGACAAGCCCAAGCCCCUGUUUGUAGCUGUGAAUACCCUGGAAGACACUCAGGCAGUGCGCGCUGUAGCCUUCCACCCCACGGGAGCGCUGUACGCUGUGGGCUCCAACUCUAAGACGCUACGCGUGUGUGCCUACCCAAACGCACCACUGGACACCAGUGGGGUAUCAGGUAUGACCAAGCAGCCGGAGGUUUGUUUUAAGAGGAAUAAGCACCAUAAGGGUUCUAUCUACUGUGUGGCCUGGAGUCACUGUGGACAGCUGCUAGCCACCGGCUCCAACGACAAAUAUGUCAAAGUCCUGCCCUUUAGCUCAGAGACCUGCAACGCCACAGGUCCAGACCUGGAGUUCAGUAUGCACGACGGUACCAUCAGAGACCUGGCGUUCAUGGAGGGACCAGAGAGUGGAGGGGCCAUUCUGAUCAGUGCCGGAGCCGGAGACUGUAACAUCUACACCACUGACUGUCAGAGAGGACAGGGCCUACACGCUCUCAGUGGACACACAGGUCAUAUCCUGUCUCUGUAUACGUGGGGAGGGUGGAUGAUAGCGUCAGGCUCUCAGGACAAGACUGUGAGGUUCUGGGACCUGAGAGUACCGAGCUGCGUUAGAGUGGUGGGCACUGCCUUUCAUGGAUCAGGCAGUCCUGUUGCCUCGGUAGCGGUGGACCCUAGCGGUCGUCUCCUAGCGACGGGCCAGGAGGACAGCGGCUGUAUGCUUUAUGACAUCAGAGGGGGACGCAUGGUGCAGACGUACCGGCCCCACUCCAGUGAUGUGCGCUCCGUUAGGUUCUCCCCCGGGGCACACUACCUGCUCACUGGUUCCUACGACACCAAAGUCAUGAUCAGCAACCUGCAAGGUGACUUGACGAAGCCGUUGCCCCUGACUCUGGUAGGGGAGCACGGUGACAAGGUGAUUCAGUGCAGGUGGCACACACACGACCUGUCCUUUCUCUCCUCCUCCGCUGACCGUACCGUCACACUCUGGACACACAACCCCUAGUACCCACGCACUCUACACUCCCUCACCACUUGCAACCAACAGGACGGUUUAUCCCUCUGGAGUGAAGUCCGAGUGGUUGUAUCUUUUAGACGUUUUAAGGUUUGAUUUCAUGUCAUGCUCGGCUCCCCUCACUGCUUCUGGGAACAACUCACUCUGGCAAAUGCAUACUGUACUCAGUGGUUCAAC